AUGGCUGACAUUCCGGCGCUCCACCGCUGUCCCGUGUGCUUCAAGACAUACAAACGACGAGAACAUCUCCAGCGCCAUCGCAGUUCGCACACUUCGGAGCGGCCACACCGUUGUCUGCUGUGCAGUGCCUCCUUCCAACGGUCUGAUGUGCUGAAGAGGCAUCUCCAGACCUGCGACGGCGCCUCCACAACCUCGUCGUCGAGCAGGAGGAGGGCCUGCGAUCGCUGUGUGCGCCAGAAGAAGGCGUGCAACUCGGCUCAGCCAUGCCACAACUGCAUUAAGCGCGCCGUUGAGUGCGUCUACUCGAACGCUACUCCGACUCAACAACCUUCCUCACAGCAGCAGCCCCAGCAGGCCCAACAGCCGUCAUUACCUCAGCUUGAACCACAAGCUCAAGCAGAGGAGCCAUCAUUGCAUCCGCAACCAACCCAUCAGCCGCAGCUAGAGACACGUCUCCACGCGCAGAUACCACAUCAAAACCCUCAACUACAUCCUCAACUACACACGCCAGCUCUCUCUCAUUCACAUCCUUAUCCUCAGAACCUCGCCAUUUCCCCUCCAGAGACAGACUUCCGCGGCCUAAAGCAUGAGCCUCUUCCAGAGACCGAUCUUCAUCAUGGACCUACCUAUCAUGGCUCAACGUCACUCCAUGAUCCACAUUCCUUCCCUCUUCAUCCGCCACAUGUUACAACCUCUCUACCCCACCCUGGGUCUGGCCAUCUUCUGUAUGAUGAUCACUUAGAUGUCCUGGUUCAGCAUGCCGUAUCCCAGUUCCCGAUAAUGCCCGACGACUGGCUGGGUAUGGAUUUCAGUCAUGUCACACCGCCCCUCGAGUAUGAUCCCAUUGCCCACGAACCAGCCCGGAGUGAGGGCCGCAGCGAGGCCUCAGAAAGCUCUGACUAUCGGGGAUACUCUUUCAACUUCCUGUACGACUUCACCAGCAGGACAGGCCUAGUUUCUUCCUUCGACUGUGGCACACUAGGCCAACGAGAGCAGAUCGUUGCUGCAUUUGACCAAACUGCUCUGGCUAGCCACUAUCCAGAGUUCAUCCACUCCAUCUCAACUCCAUCUGUGCCCCCUGCACUGUCGGUAGAGGGCGGACCGGCAGACCACGGUCUCUCUUCAUGGAACUCGUGGCUGCACAACCCCAUCGUCAUCAAGCUGCAGCAGGUAGUGGUGAUGAUCAAGAGCGUGGUAACCAUAAAGCACGCCAACAGCUCCAUCAACUUAACCUGGUCUGCGGCACUAGAACAGCGUUGUCUAGACUUUUCUCCCCAUCCCGGUUCGCCAAGCUCAUUGAGCUCUACUGGCGCCUGUGUCUCGCCCGAUCCAAUCGACAACGAAGAUGCCAAGAUGUUGCUAAACUGUGUCGAGGAGAUGGUCUUCACGGAUGAUGACUUCUGCCGUGACAUCGAUUCCCCUGUUAGCGGCGAGGACGCACCGCCUGUGACAAGUCUGGAUAAUAGGAGGAGACUGCAGGCGCUGCAGGCAGCGUACAUUGUGUGCUUGUAUCAGAAUUGGGAGGGAACGGACGCGGCCAAGAGGAGGAUACGGAGGCACAGGUUUGGGACCGUCAUAUCGGUAAGUGUGAUGGCAUGGCUUGUAGUGAACAGUGGCUUACGCGGAGGGAAGGUUGCAAGAGAUCUGGGCAUUGAUACCGCCCGGCAUCUUGACUACAGUAAGCAGCAUAAGCAUGACUUCAGCUGGUUGGAGUAUGUCGUGCGAGAGGAGCGUAUCCGUCUAUUUAUCUGGAUAUUUCUCAUCGAUACGGCGUUUGUCAUCUUCAACAAUCUGCCUCACCGCAUGGUUAUCAAGGAGAUGAAAAUGCACAUGGCGAGCCCGGAAGCGUGCUUCCAGGCUGCCACAGCAGAGGAGUGUCUGGAGCAGAUCCAUCGCUGGAUGCAUCCAGAGACUCCGUUCUACAGCUUGCUGCUGAGAGAUGCCAUAGAGCAUCUUUGCCUAGAGACAAUGACUCCAGAGACUCACCGGCGGUUUGCCCAGUUGGGCCCCGUCAAUCUGUUUGCUAUGGUCUCAGCAAUUCAUUACAUCAUUUUCCAACAACAAAACUCGUUCACCAUUGACGGUCAGCUGGUUCCAAUCCGCAACGGGUUAAAGAAUUGGAUUGAAAUCUGGGAGAGGUACCUUGAGACGCCCAUCUCGAACUCGUCGCACGGGCUGCUACAGGACGACUGUCUGCCCCCAGAUGUGAUGUGGAGGAGGGUUGGCUUUGUGCGCUACUCGGCCGAGUACUGGCUGCUCGGGAGUUUGUUAACAGACCGCAUCGCGAUGAAGAUGUCGCCCCCGGAGGACGAACAAGGAAUUCCGGAGACGUCGCCUCCAGGGGCCCUGCCAUCGUCGUCGGGGCCGCGCAGCAAACCUAGAUCAGUGGAACCGAUCCUUAACAAGUACGACCAGACGAGCAUGCGACAGGUCAACGACCUCAUAACCGACUUCAAGAGGUUUCAUGUCGGAUAG